AUGUCCCGCUGCUUCUCCUUUGAAGACCAAGAACCUAAUUUCCAGGGAAGGCCCCACCCACUACCUGCCCAGCCGGAGCCAGAAAAGCUGCAUCUGCCCAGUGCACAGUCAGACCCCAGCUUGUUACUCACUAAUCAGCGUUCCUUCACGCAUCACCAUCCCCAGCAACAAAGUUAUCGCCGUUACUCUCCUCGGCACCCGGAAACACAUUCGCACUCCAAUUACCACUUUUUAUCAGACUACCCUGAUGUAGAAGAAGCCUCUCAGAAUUUGAACCCUCAACCAGUCUUCUCAUUCAGACAAGAGGGUACCCUACCUUCCCUCCCAACACUAAAUCACAAUUCCUCUCCGCCACCACCUCCCCCCCACCGAAAAAGUUUGGCCGUAGCAUGGGCACCCGACCAAAACUUCGUUGACUAUACACCUGGUCUAUAUAACGCUCACGCCAUACAAGAUUGGGGAAUCGAAUCAACAAAUACGGCUCGAGAAAUCGAUUAUUGGGACGCAGAUGUUCACAUCGAAGGGACCGAGGCUGACUUACUGACAUCCAGAGCAGAGCACACGAUCAAAAUGAAUGAUUUAACAGACGAUCAUUCAAAUCGGUCUACUCCUAUCUGUCGGCCGGAUACUAGUAGCGAGCCCUCGCAAUCAUCGCCAGCACCUUUGGCUGCCGUUGCACGCACUCCUGGAAAUAUCACACCACAAUCUCGGUCAACGGUCUCCAGGUCUCCAUACGGCUUUAAUAGAGAUCCAUUCGUUGAUGUAUCCUAUCGAUAUUCAAGAAACAUUGAACCUGGAUUGGAAGAUUUCGACCCCAACAGUAUUGAAGAUGACGGUGAUGAUGGGCUAGAUUACAGGCAGCGGCAUAGAUCAUCAAUGCUGAGCUUGGGAAAUUCAGAUCGAAAUAGCCUUCCGACAACAUCUUCUGGAGGAAAAGCUGGGAAGAACCCUACCACCGGGCAAACUUCAAAUACUCAACCUGAAGCCACUGGAAAGUCCUACUUUAACGUAAGAAGCGGAGAUCAAUCCCACCCUAAUUCUGAGAGACAAGGCGAAAAGAGCGAGUGGCUUUCUAAGCAGUCGAAUGGACGCAGCAAGCUGAGAAUGUUAGUUUUUGUGAUUGUAGGGUUCUUAACUUUCGGUGCUAUCGCAGGAGGUGUCGUCGGUGGUAUUUUAGGCAAAAGGAACUCGGAGAAAUCAAGUCCAACAGGACAGUCUGCCUCGACAGACCAACUAACAAAUGGAGAUCUUAACAAAGACUCUGCAGAGAUUAAAGCUCUAGCAAACAAUCCUCAGCUCCACAAGGUUUUCCCUGCACUUGACUAUACUCCAUUCCACACACGGUACCCAGACUGUAUGCACGAUCCACCAUCACAAAACAACAUUACCCGAGACAUGGCAAUCCUCUCUCAGCUCACGAACACAGUGCGUCUCUACGGUACGGACUGUAACCAGACUGAAAUGGUGAUACAUUCAAUUGAGCGGCUUGGCUUAAGUCAACAAGUCAAGAUAUGGAUGGGGGUCUGGCUUGAUAAAAAUGUCACGACGAAUACGCGUCAACUGUCGCAAAUGUACGAUAUUUUUAACCAGUAUGGGCCUGUUUUGUUCAAGGGUGUAAUAGUUGGUAAUGAGGUUCUCUUUCGUCAAGACAUGACAACAUCUGAGCUCGGAGAAAUUCUUUCUGACGUCAAGGCUAACCUCACGGCAAAAGAUAUUACACUUCCAGUUGCCUCCUCUGAUCUUGGAGAUGACUGGACAGCUGAAUUAGCUUCAAAAACAGAUAUACUAAUGGCCAAUAUCCAUCCCUUUUUUGCGGGUGUUUCAGCAGACGCUGCUGCUAGCUGGACAUGGGAUUUUUGGCAGGAGCAUAACGUUGCUCUAGAGCCUAAAAUAAAGAACAUAAUUUCGGAAACUGGUUGGCCUUCAUCUGGAGGGAUAAGUUGUGGGGGUGCUAGCUCGUGCACUAGUGGUAGCGUCGCCUCUGUGGACGCUCUCAAUACGUUUAUGAAUGAUUGGGUUUGUCAGGCUCUAAAGAAUGGUACCGAAUACUUUUGGUUCGAAGCGUUCGACGAACCAUGGAAGAUUAAUUUCAAUGAACCAGGUAAAGAAUGGGAAGAUAAGUGGGGACUACUUGAUAUCAAUCGGAAAUUAAAACCUGGUGUUGUUAUCCCCAGCUGUGGCGGCAAGACAGUGAACUGA